AUGUCAACGUCCGAUUUGGACGUCCACAAGACGUCAGAACUGGACGUCGAAAUGAAGUCCGAAAAAGUUGCGAAAAAAUUCUGCACCUUCAGGAGACGUGAUUUAGACGUCCUGAUUUCGACGGCCAAUUUGGACCGAAAUUGCACGUUAUGUCAACAUCCGAUUCGGAUGUCCACAAGACGUCAGGACUGGACGUCGAAAUGA